AGAACUCCGAUUCAGUUGUGAAAUAUUCCCCAAACUGCAAAGUCGCCAACAUGUUGAAAUUGGACACCAAAGGAGGUAUCAUCUGCUCGGGCAUUUUGUCCAUAGCCUUUGCUAUAACAUAUUUGGCCCUGAUGGACGACUAUUUCUGGAGACGUACGAAUGGACUUUACGACUUGGGAAUACACAUUUCUAUCCUCCAAAUUUUGGGCAGCUUAAGCCUUAUAUUUGGAGCUGGUAAGCACAAAUACAAAUUCUUUGUGCCGUGGAUGAUAACCACUGGAUUCUUCAUCUACCUGAUGGUUUAUUUGGCAAUUAUACUGAUAACGACAGAUGGAGAAUGGAUUUUUGUACCGGCUAUGGUCGUGCCGAUUGCAGUUUAUCUGAGCUGCGCUUUGUACUCGGUACAAAAGGCCUUCGAUAGGAUGCGCAAGGAAGAGCCCCCGGCAUAUUCGAAUUUGUCCGACAAAAAGGAGUUUAUUAAUUAUAUAUAGGGCAAAAAAAAUUAUUGUCAAAGUACAAAUAUAAAACAAAAGAUAAAAUGUAUACCAAGAAAUAAUAUUGCAGAUAA